AUGUCUUUCUGGUGUGUUUGUUUUAGUGUGGUGAAUCCUAGCUCAUUUCAGAAUGUCACUGAAAAAUGGAUCCCAGAAAUCCGCACACACAGCCCCCACACUCCAGUGGUAUUAGUUGGAACUCAAACAGACCUCAGAGAUGAUGUGAAUGUGUUGAUCAAUUUAAACCGUUGCCGUGUCAAGCCUGUAAGUGAGUCCCAAGCACAGGCUGUGGCUCAGAAAAUCAGAGCUCAUACAUAUGUUGAAUGCUCUGCACUGACUCAGAAAAAACCUUAA